UGGACACGCCCCUUGUAUAAUAAGACUUGUCUUCAAACUUUGCUCAGAUAAACCAGAAGGAUUUCAUCUUUGAUGCCUACAAGAAUCACACUGGAGGAUUAUGACAGAAGAAAGGGACAAAUGGGGCUCUGCUGAAGAGCACAGGCGGGACAAACAGGAUCCUGAGGAGGGGGUUCAGCCCAGGGGAAAAUGGGCCAACAAUAUGGAGUUUAUUCUCUCCAUGGCUGGAGAAAUAAUUGGCCUUGGAAAUGUUUGGCGCUUUCCCUAUCUGUGCUAUAAGAAUGGAGGAGGGGUCUUUCUCAUCCCCUACUGUGUUUUCCUGUUCUGCUGUGGCAUCCCUGUGUUUUUUCUGGAGACUGCGUUGGGCCAGUACACCAGUGAGGGCGGGGUGACCGCCUGGAGGAAAAUAUGUCCCAUGUUUGAGGGUUUGGGGAUUGCGUCCCAGGUGAUUGUGAUCUAUUUGAACAUCUAUUACAUUGUGGUUUUGGCUUGGGCUAUCUUCUACCUAAUAAACUCUUUCAAUAUCCCCCUGCCUUGGUCUUCAUGUGCAAACUCCUGGAACACUGAUUUUUGCUUUAGUCGACCGGGCUUGUUUGCCAACCCUGAGCUUUUUGAUAAAGAUUACAACUGGUCGUUUCUGCACAACAUCUCCUCAAAUGGCUACGAAGACAACUUCGGUAACUUCAGUGAAACUUUUUUGAAAUACAGCUCCCCAGAGGAGGAGUUCUGGGAAAACCGUGUGUUGAGAAUGUCACAUGACAAUGGUUUGGGUAAUGUGCACUGGGAGCUGGCUCUGUGUCUCCUGUUUGCGUGGGUGAUAUGUUACUUCUGCAUCUGGAAGGGAAUCAAAACCACUGGAAAGGUUGUGUACUUCACUGCUACAUUCCCAUACCUGAUGCUGUUCAUCCUGUUUAUCCGUGGAGUGACACUCCCAGGAGCAGGAGACGGCCUCAAGUAUUACCUCAAACCUGACUUCAGCAAGCUCACUGAUCCUGAUGUGUGGCGUGAUGCAGGGACGCAGGUCUUCUUUUCCUACGCUGUGUGUCAAGGAGUCCUGACGGCUCUGGGAAGCUACAACAAGUACAACAAUAACUGUUACAAGGAUUGCUUGGUGCUGUGUUGUCUGAAUAGCGCAACUAGUAUCUUUGCUGGCUUCGCCAUCUUUUCCAUAAUUGGAUUCAUGGCUCACGACCUCAACAUUCCCAUAAGCAACGUUACAGCCAGCGGUCCAGGUUUGGCCUUCAUCGUCUAUCCCAGGGCUCUGUCGUUGCUUCCCGGUUCACCUUUCUGGGCCGUGCUCUUCUUCCUGAUGAUUCUCUUCCUGGGUCUUGACAGUCAGUUUGUGUGUGUGGAGAGCCUGGCCACAGCCAUCACAGACCUGUUCCCAAGCCGUCUGAGAAGACCAGGCGCCAGGGAGAUCCUGGUCCUGGUCAUUGCAGUUACUUGCUUCCUGUUGGGGCUGCCAUUUGUUACAGAGGGAGGGAUAGGUCUGUUCCGUAUUGUUGACACCUUUGGUCCUAGUGGAACCAGCCUCCUCCUCAUUGCUUGUGCAGAGACCCUUGUUGUUUCCUGGAUUUAUGGCGCGGAUCGUUUCUAUGACAACAUUGAGGAUAUGAUUGGGUACAGACCGUCCCCUGUUCUAAAGUACUGCUGGAUGUUUGUGACCCCACUCAUUUGUGUGGUUACAAUGCUGUAUAACUUGUCAAAAGACAGCCCACUGAGCGUGCACGAUGAACUGUUUGGAUCAUCGGCUUCUACAAUAGCUGUUCUACUAAUUGCCACUCCACUGAUAUGCAUUCUUGCGUAUAUUUUCAUCACUCUGUGCAGGGAUCCAAACAACAUGACCACACCAUCUAAAGACCUGCGACAGGUUUUCCCCGAUAAGCCGGUUCUGACGAUGUGUAACCUGGUCAUCUUUCAAGCACAACGGGAGCCAAACAGGAAUCUGGAGGAAACAAACAUGAAGACGGCGGAGGAAUUGACAAAGUUUGGCAUUAAGUGAUGAUAAUAAGUCUGUAUUUCAUAAUAAAAUAUUGCCAAUAUUUUAUUAAUGUGCAAACAUUUGAGGGAGACUUGUCUGUUAUCUAAAUGAAACAUUUACCUUAUGUUUAUAUCCCAUUGGCUUUACUCCUACAAGCCUGCAUAAAUUAACUAAAAAGUGUUUUAUGACAUUUAUUAUAUACAAUUAAAGGGCAUAUAUAAUAAUUCUCACAAUGUUUCCUAGUCAAGUGAAUUCAAUCUGACUAGUUAUAUUAAUCUGCAAUGUUCUGGUGAGCUGUUCAGCAUGUAUCCCGACCCUCACCCAAAUUAAAAUUUAUGAAACUUUUGAUUUUUUCUUUUUUGGUAAAACCCAAAAAGAGGAUUUCUGACUAUUUUAUCCAUCAUCUCAACGUUCGAUUGAGACAGGUGUGAAGACCACAAUAUGUGGAUUAGACUUGGACUGAGAUGUUCUACUAUGAUUAGAGUGCACAGUGCCAAAUUUACCAUUUGGAACUGUUACCCCUAAAUUUAGGUAGAACUUCAGAGCAUAACGCAUUCCAUCACGAGGUUCUGGGAGUUUUUAGCCAAAUCGAAUAUAGCAUCAUGUGGAGUGGAGUACUAAAGUGGUACAACGGCCAGAGUGUUAAGUUCCCAUUCCGUCCAAAAUUAAUAACUGGACAACAAACUGAUCCAACAAAGAGUAUUGGAACCAGAAGGGAGAAAAAUACUGUGGAAACGGGACUAAUAGAACAACAAAAAAAAAAAAAAAAAAAAAAAA